AUGGAUCAGAUAAUGGGGAAGGCAGGUGGGUACUGGUUCAACCAGCAGGCCGGCAAGGAGAUGAACAACGUCGGCGACGAGCUCAAUAGUAUAUCAAGCAGCAUCGGAGAUGGAGCCAAAUGGAUGGUCAACAAAAUCAAAGGGAAAAUGCAGAAACCAUUUCCCGAACUCCUAAAGGAAUACGACCUUUCAAUGGGCCUCUUCCCCAUUCGCAAAAAAAUGGGCCUCUUCCCACAAGAUGCGACCAAUUACGAGUUCGACGAGGAGACAAAGAAGCUCAUGGUGCAUAUCGCGUCAGCGUGCGAGGUCGGCUACAAGGAUUCGUUGGUGCUCCGAUUCUUCACCUGCGUGACCGGCAACCUCGACAAGGGGAAGCUGUCGGAGGUGGAGGGCAUCAAGACCAAGAUCCUCAUUUGGAUCAAGGUGACCGCCAUCAGGACGGAAGCCUCCAAAGUGCAUUUCUGCGCCGGCUUGAACAAUACCUGGAAUCGCCACGCCUACGAGGUUGUCAGGGAUGGUGUUUCCAUAGACAAGUUCUAG